UCACUUUGAGAGGAGCAAGUAAACAUGGCUCAACUGCAGGAGUUUACAGGCUUACCUGCUAUGAUGACUGCUCACGCCUGUGUUGGAUAUUUUGGAGGGGGCUUUUGCUUUCUUGUUGGGACUGCAGUGGCUAGAUAUCUUCGUCAGUCUUGGAAAGUUUAUGUGCAUAUAGCACUGAGCAUCUUUGGAUUCAUCUCUAUAUUGGUUUCAUAUAUUCUGACAGAAAUUUGGCACGAAGGUUUCAUCAUCAUGCAGGACCGUCAUGGUUUCAACGGUUUUACGUUGUUAGUUCUCGCCUUUAUUCAAGUAGUUGCAGGUGUGAUUCGUCCGAGAAAGGAAAGCAAGUUAAGAAAGAACUGGCUAUGGUUUCACCGUUUAUUGGCAAUAUUAGUUAUUGCCAGUUUUGUUUUUCAAGUUUUUACAGGAUUUCGAAGGCUUCAUCGUAUGUUUCAUAUUCAUGUCCAUACCAGUGAAAUUCUUUUCGAGUGUUUUGUUGCAGUAUUCUUUAGUUUGGUUGCCAUAAGUGAGAUGGGUUUGCAUUACCGAACUUGUUGUUCUGUCCCUAUUCAGAGUUUAAGACAAAUGUUUCGUGUUUUUAAGACACACGUUUAUCCUCGAGUUGUUUUCAUCUUCGUGAUAUUAUGUUUUGCUUUUUGUAUCGCAUAUUGGACGUUAUUUAGCACUGCCAAUAGUUUUGCUCCGUGGACCAACCCACCGAUGCCAAUGCCUCCUAUGCAUAUGCCUAUGGCCUUUUUCAUAUAUGAACCGAAUGGCUUUCCAUUGUUCUUUUCCAAACUAAUGGUAAACAGUGCUGGAAGAACCGUAUGUGCAGCAAUCCUAGUGUUCUUGUUGUCUGCUUCUGCAAGUCUGUCCAUGAUCAAGCUGGGCAAGUUGGAAAUGAAAUGGAUUCAAACAAGGCAGACAUGGUCUUGGAGAGUGAUCGGAUCACUUUCUCAUGCAUUUCGACAAUCACUUCAUUAUUUAUGCAUGUUAGCUGUUAUGACAUAUAGUAUUAUACUCUUCUUUGCUAUACUCCUCGGACAUGCCUUUGGAUUCUUUAUCGCUUCUACUCUGUCUGAACAAGAAGAAGUCGGUUAUCAGGAUACCAAGAAAAAGCACGAAAACAUGUCUUGGACUAUUCCACUCAAUUCUUCCGGAGACUUUCAAGUAUCUUAUCCAUCGGAAGCAAAACAUUGUUUAUGUGACCCUAUGACUUGUACUUGUGAACCGAAAUCCUGUAAUAAGCAAGGUGGUUGUAGUUGUGAAAAAUAAAAUUUCAAAUAUUGUAUUCAAAAAUGAUGGUAAUACAUUAUGCAGUCGAGGUUUCCAUG